GUGAGGGACAGAGCAGGGGGGCGCAAGAUGCCACCCGCGACUUCGGCGGUCAAGGUAACCCUACGGGAGCUGGCCGACCUGGCCAUCGGCACCCCGGAGGUGGGUGCAGUCAACUUCACGGCCCUGCACACACUGGUGGUGGCCAUGCUCAAACACCUCAACCUGCAGAACACCUAUGUCGAUUUCCAGUCGGCGGCGACGGAACCCAGCCGCUUCCCGGAGCCCACCGGCUUCCCGGAGCCUGCCCGGUCCUCCCACAGCACCCCGCAACUGCCGGCCAAGGCUUUGGCGCCCAAAGAGAAGCGCCACAGUGUGGGCCCCUUGCAGGUGCCGGCCCUGGAGAGCCAGGUGAGGGACCUGGGCGGGCAGGUGCAGGACCUCAGUGUGCAGCUCCAGACCAUGGACAACAAGGUGCAGGACAUCGCCUCCCACGUGAAGCGCCUCUCCUCCCAGGCCAGCGGCCUCAACCUGCCGGUGCUGCAGUGGCCGGAGGAGAGGAGCGCUCCCACAAUGGUCCCUGAGAAGACCCAGAAGCAGCCCUCGAAGGCACUGAAGGACAGCGAGAUCAUCCCUGCCAAGGCCAUGGGACUGCUGCAGGACCUAGUGGAGGAGGUGAAAGUCCUGAAGGAAGCCCAACAGAAGAUUCAGCAGCUCCCUGCCCUGAAGCCCCAGGAAAUCCUGCAGCGCAUUGAAGAGAUGGAGGCCCUAAUGAGAGAUCGGAAUGAAUUUCUGGAGCUGGUGGGCCAGAAGCUGAGCAUCAUUCCGGGCGGCGAGGAGGUCACCAUGGUCACCUGGGAGGAGCUGGAGCAGGCCAUCGCUGACGGCUGGCGGACCGCCCAAGGGGUGAACGGCUCAGAAACGCUGCUGGAACUUGCCAAGCGCAGAAGGCUGUCGUCCAUAACGACCAGCGACGUGAUUCCAAGCGGAGCCUCCCCCAGGCAGCUGAGCACUGAGCAGGCCUUUGAUCCUGCCAGGGGGUUCGGCCCAGCUAAGACCGGCUCAGUCUCCAGUGGCACGGGACACCCCUCUGAAAGAGUCACUAGCAGGGAGCAAGUCUGGGGCCUCCCUGCUACCGGUGUCCUGGGUAGCGAACAGCACCCAAGGACCAGUGAGGAUGCCAGCACACCAAGGUCCCAGCAAUCUCCUGGAGCUCAGAUCCCAGUGGAGGCUGGUCAUCGCAGGGGCAUGGAGCAGCUUUUCCCGACACGUUCAAGGAGAGCUGAGCGAGGUUCCCAGCUGGGUCCCCUACCUCAGGACCUGCCCCCAGUACAUUACCCUCAGUACAGUGCAGUGCCCUUUAGCCACGGUCAAGUCUACCUAAGGCCAGAUCAGCAUGGACCAGCAACACCUAGCGUGGACCAGCCUGGACUGGUACAGCCCAGAGUUCAUCCACGUGGCAUGGUGCCCUACCUGGGUCAGCUGCCUCCUGACUUGGAUGACCUGGCAUGGAUAGCAUCUGCCAUGGACCAGCGUGAUGUGAUGCCACCCUCAACAGCUGACAGAGACCAACAAGCACUGGAAGUGCCUAGCACAGAGCAACACAACAUGUAUGAACCUGUGUUGGCACUUCCCGGCACAGACCAAUGGCGUAUGGUACAGCCUGGCAUGGAUGAGAGUGGCAUGGCACCGCUUGGCACUGAUCAACCAGGCCUGGUAUGGGCUGGCCUGCAGCAACAUGGCUUUGUCUCACCUCUUCCCUAUCAGUAUGGCUUGGUGUCACCUGGCUUAAUGCAAUCCAGCGCAGACCAACAAAAUCUUGUACGGCCCAAUCUGGAAAUAUCUGGGGUCAUACAACCUGGCAGGGAUCAGCGUGGUUUGGGGCAGCCUGGAGUGGAUCAGCGUGGCUUGGCGCAGCCUGGAGUGGAUCAGCGUGGUUUGGCGCAGCCUGGAGUGGAUCAGCGUGGCUUGGUGCAGCCUGGAGUGGAUCGGCGUGGUUUGGGGCAGCCUGGAGUGGAUCGGCGUGGUUUGGGGCAGCCUGGAGUGGAUCAGCGUGGCUUGGUGCAGCCUGGAGUGGAUCGGCGUGGUUUGGGGCAGCCUGGAGUGGAUCAGCGUGGCUUGGUGCAGCCUGGAGUGGAUCGGCGUGGUUUGGGGCAGCCUGGAGUGGAUCAGCGUGGCUUGGUGCAGCCUGGAGUGGAUCGGCGUGGCUUGGCGCAGCCUGGAGUGGAUCAGCGUGGUUUGGGGCAGCCUGGAGUGGAUCAGCGUGGCUUGGCACAGUCUGCAGUGGGCCAGCCUGGUAUGGCACAGCCUGGAGUAGAUCAGCGUGGCUUGGCGCAGCCUGGAGUGGAACAGCCUGAUUUGGCACAGCCUGGAGUGGAUCAGCGUGCCUUGGCCCAACCUGGAGUGGAUCGGCAUGGGUUGGCACAGCCUGGUGCAUAUUCACCUGGCUUGGCACAGCAUGGGAUGUAUCUACGUGGUUUGGCACAACCUGGAAUGUACCCACAAGGUUUGGUGCAGUCUGGAAUGUACCCACGUGGUUUGGUGCCUGGAAUGUAUCCAUAUGAUUUGGCAAAGGCUGGAGUGGAUCAGCCUGGUUUGGCGCAGCCUGGUUUGGUGCAUCUUGGAGUGGAGCAGCCUGGUUUGGCGCAGCCUGGUUUGGCGCAGCCUGGAGUGGAUCAGCCUGGUUUGGCGCAGCCUGGAGAGGAUCAGCCUGGUUUGGCACAGUCUGCAGUGGGCCAGCCUGGUUUGGUGCAGCCCGGAGUGGAUCAGCCUGGUUUGGCACAAUCUACAGUGGGUCAGCCUGGUUUGGUGCAGCCUGGGAUGUAUCCACAUGGUUUGGCACAGCCUGGAAUGUAUUCACAUGUUUUGGCACAGCCUGGAAUGUAUCCACGUGGUUUAGUGCAGCCUGGAAUGUAUCCACAUGUUCUGGUACAGCCUGGAGAUCAGCAUGAUUUGGCACAGCCUGGAGUGGAUCAACAUGGCUUGGCACAGCCUAGAGUGGAUCAGCCUGAUUUGGCACAGUCUGCAGUGGGCCAGCCUGGUAUGGCGCAGCCUGGAAUGGAUCAGCGUGGCUUGGCGCAGCCUGGAGUGGAUCAGCCUGAUUUGGCACAGUCUGCAGUGGAUCAGCGUGACUUGGCACAGUCUGGUAUGUAUCCACAUGGGUUGUGGCCACCUGGGAUGUAUCCACGCGGCUUGGUGUCACCCGGUAUGUAUCCACCUGGUUUGGUGCCAUCCAGUAUGUACCCACAAGGACUGUUGCAGCCUGGAGUGGAUCAGCGUGGUUUGGUGCAACCUGGUGCAGAUGCAAGCAAUUUGUUGCCAGCUGGUGCAGCUCAGCUUGGUUUCGUUCACCCUGGUGCAGAUGAAAGUGGUUUGGUGCAAAGUGGUACAGGUGAGAAGAGUUUGGUGCAAGCUGGUACAGAUACAAGCGGUUUAGUGCAGCCUGGUGCAGAUGAGCAAGGCUUGGUCCCACCUGGGUUGGAUCACCGUCAUUUGGUGCAAGCUGGUACAGAUGAGCAAGCUUUGGUCGCACCAGGUACAGGUCAUCUUGGUAUGGUGCAACCUCGAAUGGAUCGGCAGGGGCGGGUGUGGCCUAGUGCCUAUCCCCCUGGUUUGACACAACCUGGCUCAGAUCAGCAUGUUUUGAUGCAACACGGUACAUACCCACAUGGUUUAGCACAGUCUAGUUGGAGACUGCCAGGUGCCGAUGAGCAAGGCGUGAGAGCACCUCACACAGGGAGUCAGGGCUUGCCUGAACUGCAGAGCAACUUUCAGAUUGUGCCACCACCACAUCAUCAGUAUCGUAUGCCGCCCCGUGGCAGAGAGCUGCAUGGCCACAUGCCAUCACUUGUAGGCAGUCAAGGUUUGGCAUCACCAAGUAUGUAUCAAAGGGUGCCACCAGGAACUUAUGGGCAAGGUUUGGUGCAUCCCAGCACAGACCAGCAUGGCCUGACCCCAGGAAGCACGGGCUUGGGGUCUGCACACCCAGAGCAAGAACGUCUGGCACCCUCAGGUCCAGAUGAGCAGCACCAGCCAGCGCCAGCCACACCACCUGCUGCCACGUACGCUCCCCCAGACCAUGAGGGUCCCAGGCAUUCUGCUCACCGUGACCCAGGCCACUUGGGUGUGGAUCAGCGCAGGCGUGACCUGAGCAGAAUCCAUGUCACGGGCCAAUCAAGAGUCAUGCUCCAUGCGGCACCCCCGGGGCAGGACUCCCACAGCCAUCUCCACACGACCUCAUCAGAAAGGAGCGACAUCCACAGAGAGCGGCACGACUCCCUGGACAGGGUCGAGCCCAGCUUCCCCAUGGCAGUGGAGACGUUCCGGCUGGUAGGCGAGCUCAUCGGCCUCUACGUGGAGUUCAAGGAGAGCAUGAAGGACCUGGACAAGGAGCAGACUGGCAAGUCAGACCUGGAGAAGAUACAGUACCUGUUGUCCCUGAUGGUCAAAAAGACCAUGCCCCCAGACCUGCAGGAUCAACUCAAGAACCUGAAGAUUCUGGCCAAAGAGUUCCGGCAGGAAAAAGCAAAACUGGAGAAACUGCAGAAGAUGGUAGAGGCCGAAGGGGAGCUGGAGGCGGGGAAGGAGCUGAAAGGCGGGCAGCUGGGCCUGCAGCUGGGCAUCCUCAGAGUCACCGUGGCUGACAUUGAGAAGGAGCUGGCUGAGCUGCGGGAGAGCCAAGUGCAGGGCAAGGCCACCAUGGAGAAUUCCGUCUCUGAGGCAUCUUUCUACCUGCAGGAACAGCUGGACAAGCUCCGUGCCAUCAUUGAGAGCAUGCUGACCUCCUCCUCCACCCUGCUGUCCAUGAGCAUGCCCUCCAUCAAGGCUCCGGUCGCCAUGGCUCCCGGCCAGAUCAACCCGGAGGCCACCUGUCCGGCCUGCAGCCUUGACUUGAGCCACCAGGUCAGCCUGCUGGUGCAGCGCUACGAGCAGCUGCAGGACAUGGUCAGCAACCUGGCCGCUUCCAGGCCCUCCAAGAAAGCCAAGCUCCAAAGCCAGGAUGAAGAGCUGCUGGGCCAUGUGCAGAGUGCCAUCCUGCAGGUGCAAGGGGACUGUGAGAAGCUCAACAUCACCACCAGCCACCUCAUCGAAGACCACCGGCAAAAGCAGAAGGACAUUGAUGUGUUGUACCAGGGUCUGGAGAAGCUGGAGAAGGAAAAGGCCAACCGGGGGCACCUGGAGAUGGAGAUUGAUGUGAAAGCAGACAAGAGCGCCCUGGCGGCCAAAGUGAGUCGUGUCCAGUUCGAUGCCACCACAGAGCAGCUGAACCACAUGAUGCAGGAGCUGGUGGCCAAGAUGAGUGGGCAGGAGCAGGACUGGCAGAAGAUGCUGGAUCGGCUCCUGAUGGAGAUGGACAGCAAGCUGGACCGCCUGGAGCUGGAUCCACUGAAGCAGCUGCUGGAGGACCGCUGGAAAUCUCUGCGACAGCAGCUCAAGGAGCGUUCCCCGCUCUACCAGGCGGACGAUGCAGCCGCCAUGCGGAGGCAACUCUUGGCACACUUCCACUGCCUCUCGUGCGACCGUCCCCUGGAGACGCCUGUGACUGGACAGUUGAUCCCUGUGACACCUGUGGGUCCCAGCCUGCCAGGCCACCGUUCCAUCCGCCCCUACACAGUGUUUGAGCUGGAGCAGGUUCGGCAGCAGGGCCGCAACCUCAAGCUGGGCAGUGCCUUCGCACGUGGGGACCUGUCACAGAUGGAACGCAGCGUGCGGCGUCUGCGCACCAUGCACUCCAAGAUGCUAUUGGACAUUGAGAAGGUGCAGAUCCACUUUGGCGGCUCCACCAAGGCCAGCAGCCAGAUGAUCCGCGAGCUGCUGCAGGCCCAGUGCCUCAGUUCCCCCUGCUACAAGCGGAUGCCGGACCUGGCUGAUUAUACCUAUUCCACCGUGCCCCGGCGCUGCGGGGGCAGCCACACACUCACCUACCCCUACCGCCGCACCCGCCUGCAACACCUGUCUCAGGGUCUGUAUCCUGUGGAGGAGGUCCAGAUCACCAUGAAGCACGACGAGGUGGACAUCUUGGGCUUGGAUGGACACAUAUACAAGGGACGGAUGGACACGAGGCUGCCAGGCAUCCUGACCAAGGAUGGGCUGUCAUCCCGACACAAGCCUAAGCUAUCCCGGCCCCAAGUGCACCAGCAGCAAUCUCCAAGCGACAGCAGCCAGCCACCGUCUCGGCCUCAGAGUGCACACACGCUGGUGGACAGUAACCCAGUUUCUUUGCGACAACAGAAAGACAGACCCGUCUCCUCCGAGGGCCGCCUCUCUGAGCCCAAUGCGAUCCUGCCCCUCAGCUCGGCGGACAUGGCGACCCUGCAGGCACUGGACAGGCACCUAGAUGUGCCCCCAGGGGAGGGCCUAGAGGAGCCCACACGCGGGCCGCGCUCCACCCCUGCCCACAGAGCAGAGCUAUAAAUAAAUACUUCAGAAGGA